CACGUGACUCCAUAGUCCUAGCAGUUCCCCGCCACAGCUCCGCACUGUACUCGGGAAGCCAGCCAUGUGUGCUGCUCCGCUCGCCGCUGCAACGGCGGCCUCGCGCUCCGUGUAUGCUUUCUCCGCGCGCCCGCUGGGCGGUGGGGAGCCCCUGAGCCUGGGUUCCUUGCGGGGCAAGGUGCUGCUCAUCGAGAAUGUGGCAUCGCUCUGAGGCACAACGGUCCGGGACUACACCGAGAUGAACGAGCUGCAGCGGCGCCUCGGGCCCCGGGGCCUGGUUGUGCUCGGCUUCCCGUGCAACCAGUUCGGGCAUCAGGAGAACGCUAAGAACGAAGAGAUCUUAAAUUCCCUCAAGUACGUCCGACCCGGCGGCGGGUUCGAGCCCAACUUCACGCUUUUUGAGAAGUGCGAGGUGAACGGUGCGCAAGCGCACCCUCUCUUCGCCUUCCUGCGGGAGGCUCUGCCUGCCCCCAGUGACGAUGCCACUGCGCUCAUGACCGACCCCAAGUUCAUCAUCUGGUCUCCCGUGUGCCGCAACGACAUCGCCUGGAACUUCGAGAAGUUCCUGGUGGGCCCAGAUGGUGUGCCCGUACGCCGGUACAGCCGCCGCUUUCCAACCAUCGAUAUCGAGCCUGACAUCGAAGCCCUGCUGUCCCAGGGGCCAGGCCGUGUCUAGGCAACCUUCUUGUCCCUGCUGCUUGGCAGUCACAGCGCUGCCCUCUGGGGAUUUCGUCCAUGACGGUGUUGCCUCGAAAUCUGCAUGGAGGAACGCCUGAUUUCCAGGAAAAUCCCUCGAGCUGGGCGCUUCUUGGCCAUUCCAGCACUCCCUCCCUAACAAGGCUCCUCAGUAAUAAAGUGUUGGGUGUCAGCA